CCGGUAUGAACAGACAUCCCGCGCAGGCAUCAGUUCGCUCUAUUCUGGCUUUGCUUAGUGACUGACAUAGCUCAGCAUGCCUGUGACUCGCUCUACGUCAUCUUCCUCAUCUCGAAGGGUUAAGCUGUCAUCUUCUCAACUUUCGAGCCGUGCGAGUACAGAAAGACCGAGAACGAUGGGUUCUACUAGUAAAAUUAGAAUCAAAACUAUCAUGGAUUCUCCAUCAUGCUCCCGCGACAUAAUCGCGAAACGUUCGACCGGACGCUCGUCUUCCCCUUCCACCUCGCAAGCCGUAGUGACAUCACAUUCAGAGUGGCUGUCUACAGCUCAUUCACUCCUUUUCGAUAUAACGGACACGGAAGAACAGGGCUUUCGCUCAGAACAGGAAAAGGUAUUAAUUCGAACAGCGCAUCUGGAAAUGAUGGAACGAGAGCCAGGAUAUGUCUAUUUCUUCGUUGGAUCUCUCGAGAGGCACGUCAGGUUAUGGCGAGCUAAGCCGCUCUUGAUACAAGAACAAGUGCGGGACGAUCCAUGGCGCGUGUUGGUCGCUGUUAUGCUGCUCAACAAGACAUCAGGCACGAAGGCUAUUCCGAUAUUCUGGGAGCUGAUGGAGAGAUGGCCCAGUGCAAAGGCAAUGACCAAAGCUCAUGAAGAUGAGCUAUGCGAGAUCAUCCGAACCUUAGGCCUCCAGCGAACCCGUUCCGCACGUCUCAUCAAGCUUUCUCAGGCCUACAUUGAUGAACCACCUAUCUUCCCUAUUCUCGUUGCGUCGAAGUUCUUCUCCAAACCAGCUCCUGACAAAGACAUGAGAGUUGCUACUGCCUACGCAACUCCUAGUCCUAGUCCGACGAGAAUUGCUGAAAGAUCGAAAUAUUUCGUGAAGGGCCCUGAUUCAGUAGCCUCUGAUACGCUGCCGAUAUAUCCAUUGGAAACACCCACACCAUCGCCGUCGAACAUCAUCCCUACCUUUCAUGGACGCAACCCCUCUUCACUGCACCUGCCGCUCUCAAAUCCCCCAGCAUGCCCUCUAUCCCCUUCUAAAAAUUCUUCACAGCACUCACUCUCAUCCCCGCAAUGGAGGAUGCAAAAAUCACCUUCGAAACCUGGAGCCUCUCUCGCCAGUCCAAUCUCGCAUCUUCCGGGAAGCGGAAAGUAUGCAAUCGACUCGUACAGAAUAUAUUGUGGUGGUAUCGCUGGAGAUGACGAAUGGAGGCAUGUUCGACCAGAGGAUAAGGAGCUGGUUCGAUACCUCAAAUGGCGUUGGGCCACCGAGGGAAUCGAAUGGAGUCCGGAAGAAGGUGAAGUCGGACCUGCUAGUGAUGAAUAUUUAGACGACCUCAUUAUAGAUUUGGAGGAGAUGAAGAUGCUCAUGCAGCUGCGGGCUGCGAAAGCCUGACAUUUCUGCGUCAGGAAGGCCAUCAUAGCCGGGGUCUUCGGGUGUCCUUCGCUCAUCUUAUAUGUAUCUAUUAUUUUC